UGAGCACUUGCAGCACUGUCAGCAUUGCAGUGCCACCAGCAGCUCUCUGCUGCUGGAGGGACAACAACCCCUCAGGGUAGGGAAAUGAGGAAUGGUAGAAACCUGCUGAGAGAGGGAAAGCGUUUGGAGAAUGUCCCAUUCGAAAGAUUGUUUCUUAUCAGGGGGAAAUCAGGAGCCAUUCAAAGAAAUCUGCAAGUCGAGCCACUUCCUCUGUGACAGGAAAAAAAAGUCAAGACAAAUAAAUGAGAGGAAGUCAAAUUCUGACGUAGCCAAAGAUUAAAUUUCCGAUUCACCCGCCAAGCCUUGCGAAACAAUGGCAGGACAGGGAACAGAGAGAGCCAGCAGGACGGGAAUGGGGAGCUCCUGUUGAGCUGGGCACUUUCUCCUUCAUGUCACUGACCUGGGAAGAGCCACUUUAGGACAUGGAUCCCAAAGGAGCAAGAGGUACCAGGAAGCACCGCUGAUCUGCACAGACUCCUUUGCCUGCUGCUGCCCCACAGGGAACAGAGGGGACACACCCAUGGCUUGUGCUCCCUGGAGCAACCACGAUCGGCAGUGCCCAGAGCUGGGCUGGCACCGGCACAGCUCGCCAGGACACCAUGGCCAUGGGGCUCAGCAUUCCCUGGAGCUGCUGAGGAGCUGCGUGGUCCAUCCCUGGAUUCUCCAAGCACUGACUCCCCAUCCACUCUGACCACAGCCAGGGGCCACAUCCCACCGCCUGCCCAGCGUCCAUCCAUGGAGGUGAGCACCGUGUCCCCAUCUCCCACCUCACCGACCGACGGACCUGGUCAGUGUGAGACCAAUGUCUCCAACGUGGCCACAGACCUUGUGACGCUGCUCUUCGGCCUCUGUGGGCUGGUUGGGAACGGGGCUUUCCUCUGGCUCCUCCAAAUUAAUUCCAUCACCGACUUUGUGGCAUUCAACCAGGCCAGCAUCGACUUCCUCUUCCUCAUCUUCAUGGUUCCCUCCACCCUGCUCUUCCUGCUGGCAGAGGUUUCCUGCUCUGCUAAAAUGCCCCCAAUAUAUCUGAGCUUGCUGUCCCAGCUGUCACUGUUCACCUACACCAUGGGGCUCUACCAGCUGAUGUUCAUCAGCAUCGAGAGGUGCAGGUCCAUCCUCUGCCUGUUUUUCUGCACUGGGCAACGUUCUGAGCACCUGCGGUGGGUGGUGAUGAGUGGCCUGUUCUGGGCUUUGUUCUUUGUUGUCACCGCUGUCAAUCCCACAGUGACUUCCCUGUGCCAGUCACACGAGCAGGAGCAAUGCCAGGUGGCUCUCACCUCCAGGUACGCCCUCAACCUUUUCCUAGUUGCUGUACCCCUGCUCAUUUCCAGCACAAUCCUCUUCAUUCAUUUCAAGCCCAGCUCCCAGCAGCAGCAAUACAAGAGGCUCGACAUCGUGAUUGUCCUCGUUGCACUCCUCAGUCUGCCCCUCAGUCUCUGCUCUUUCCUGCAGCAGCUCGGUUACACGGUUGUGCCCUCCCACACGGUUUUCCUGCUCACCUGCAUCACCAGCAGCAUCAAACCCUUCAUCUGCUUCUUGGUGGGGAGCUGGAAGAGAGACUGCUCCAUGGGGAGCUGCUGGAGACACUGCUCCAUGGGAAGCUGCAGGAGGCACUCCUCCAUGCAGUCCCUAGGGAAGGCGCUCCACAGGGUGUUUGAGCAGCCAAAUGAAAACACUGCUUGCAGCAAUGAUCCCAACAUGGACUCAGUGCUCUGACCCUUCCACUGCACUGCUGAGAGACUCUGGGACAGUGGCUGAUGGAUCCCUUGAGUCACCUGAAUAAUAAACAUCUAAAGUGUCA